AUGGUGCGCAGUGAAGACGAAUUAGGAGAGAAGAUUGAUAGGUGUUUUGCGGAUUCACUAUUGAAAAUAAGCGGUGGUAUUGCUAUCGGCAUUGUUGCUAGUGUGGCCUUAUUCAAGAGCAGAUCGUGGCCUAUAUGGUUCGGAUCAGGUGUGGGUGUGGGCACUGGUUGGUCGAAUUGUCGUCACGAUUUGGCGCAACCCUAUUUACUACAUGGAAAAAAAGUUCCAGUUGGGCAAGACAUAGAAGGUAAAACUACAUAUGCAAUUGUCAAGGAGAAGUAG